ACUUUGAAAAUCGUCACGCUGGUGCUUCGUACGGCGACCAACGCCGAUGCCCAACACGUCGGAUCGCUCAUCACGAGUUUCCUGCUUCCGACCCCGAACUUGUCGCUCACUCGCGCCAUCAGCUUCAACUCGAUCGAGUUACUGGAUUCCAUUUGGGAUGCGAGCUGUACCUCCGUCGAGGAAAGAAGUCCCAGCUGGACCCUCAUUAACUACCUCCGAUCGGACCCGUGCUACUACCGAUGGCAGUUCGCCGAGGCGAUGAAUGCAGCAAUCAGCUGCAACAAUUUGAGGAUCGUGGAGUGGCUGUGGACACAUUUCUCGUGGUGCGUUGUGCCUGCGCGCGCCAUUAAAUUGGCUGCGUCACAAGGCUGUCUGGACAUUUUGAAGUUCCUGCAGGCUCACGACGCCGGGUAUCUGGAGACGGGGAACGUAGUGGAAUGGUCCUCGUACGCCAUCCAAUGUUCAUUUCGGCACCUCGACAUCGCCCUCUGGCUGUAUGAGCACGUUCCUUUCUACAAGGGGUCUAAAAGCUUACUCGAACUCAUUGGGCACAUACUGGAUGCUGGAGAUAUCGAGCGCGCAGAAUCCUUGCUCCCAGCAGGGAAAAAUAUCUUUUACUACGCUAGAUUUUGCUCGCGACCGGAGGUGGUGGAAUGCAUGCUGGGCCGUGGCUACUACUCGUCCAACGAGCAGAGGACUGCAAGUCUACUCUUACCUUCGUUGGCCGCUAAAGGCCGCUUGGAUCUCCUGCAGCGGGUUGUUGACUUGUAUCCUGCACCUCAAACGGACUUGUACAAUUGGAGAGAACAGUGGUGGAGAGCGAUGGAAGAAGCAUGUCGCUGUAGUCACCUUGCUAUUCUUCGGGUACUACUUAAUCUCCCGACGGGGUGCAUAAUCUGUGGAAACCGGCCAUACAUGUACAGAGUCUGCGACCUCCUCCGUAAGGCUGGAUAUACCGGAAACGUUGAGGUGAUGGAGUUCAUCUACCAGCACGAGGCC